CGGCGCCAGAGCAGCGCGGGUUAUUGACUUCGCUCAAAGCGGACCAAGAACAUUUAGCCAGAGAUGAUAGAUGAAGCCAAGAGCCGCGGUGUCAGAAGCGUUUCGGGAGCGCGGUCACGCGGUUUCGGCGUAAGGGGGCGGGGGACUCAUUCCCCCCUUAAGCAGACAACAGACUCUCGGGUCUCCAGUUCACACUCGAGGGGAAUUCUGCCCUUUUCACCAAACCUUAGCGACUAUAUGUACCCCAUUGAGAUUGCAGCGAAGUUAUGACCGUUUUUGUAAUUGUGGGGGUCCUCACAGGCUGCUGCUGUUGCCCCGGGAGACGGGGGCGGGGCGAAGCGGCUGACGCACAACUUUUCGCCCCAUUGACUUGGCUAGCCGUGCGCCAUCUCGGCGAACCUGAAAGAUCUUUGGUUUAGCGAGCUCGCUGCCAUGGAAACGCAGCCAGUGUUGAUCAGAGCGACGGCCGCAGACGAAGUUCAGCGAUGAUCAGAAAUACGAGCGGUGAGAGGCAGAAACGGCUAACCAGGAAAGCUCGUUAACGGGCCUGAAAACGCUGGAAGAGGUGAAGGUGAGGAUGAGUGAAACCGUUGGGAGAGGAGUGAGUGAAUGCGAUCAACUCCGCAGCCCCUCCUCGUCCAUUCCCACCAAAUACCAAACAGUGGUCAUCAAGAACACAGAGAGGAAAGGAUUCACCUCCCAGUCAAAGCGCUUCACAAGCAGAGCGAAUGAAAAUCCUGGUCCUGGCUCAUAUCUGUCUCACACCUCUGCCGACACCUGCAGUCCAUCCUUCUCCAAGAAAGGGACUGGAGGCUUUCCAUCUAAGGCAGUGAGAGUCGUCCAUAAACCCCAGAGAGGGAUUCCAGGCCCAAACACCUACAACUUGCAGUCCUCUCUGCUCCGCCAGCAUGACUUCAACAGAGGCCUUUCCAGAACCUUCCACUCACCCAUCGCAGACAAAACAGGAGAAAACCUGCUCCAAAAUACACCAGCGCCAAAUCACUACAACGUGUCCUACAGUGGAGUGAAGGUAAAUUCAGUCGUUUCUGCGAAGUCUUCAUUUCUCUCCAAAAGCAGAAGGAAUGCUGUUUUCACCCCCGUACUGAGAGGACCCUCUCCAUGUCAUUACAGUGUGAAGGAUGCAGUGAUCCAGAAGACCCCCAAAGUGCCUUUCUCCUGCUUUAAGUCCACCUCUGCCAGGAUUCAGCCGCUGGUCUCCAUUGAAGUUCCAGGUCCAGGAGCCUACAGCCCGUACCAAAGCCCAGAACCUGUCAGGAGAAUCAUUCUACCGAGGAGGCAUUAUCUAGGAAUUUCAGCUCCUGCUCUAAUCCCCCCUAAAGACCCCCCACUGCCUGGCCCGGGGCAGUACAACAUUGUGAACUAUGAUGGACCACCCAAACACCUGAUGGCCAGCGCUGCAUUUGUAUCUGGAACAAGCAGGUGGACUCAGGAGACCAGAGGACAGGGGGUACCUGGACCAGGCUCCUAUGAACCAAAUGCGCUCACAAAGCAUUCAUUUUUAUACAAUCAUGGCCAAACAUGGAUACCAGCCUAGAGCACUGAUGAUCACCAACAUUAAAGCACUUCAGGAAAUGUCUGUGAGGACAUUUUUAAUCAACAUUUCUGUAACACACAGUCCUAUAUUAGGAUUUUUCCUUUUACCUAGUUUUUUUAUAUUAUUUCUUGUUGAAAUCAUGCCUAUGGUAUAAAAAUAGCAUCCAGGAAAGGACAGUAUUUGACUCUAUGGUGCAUAGUAUCAUCAAAAUCUUGUGUUGUGUUGUGACCACAAAAAGUUAAGUAUGUAGUAUGCAUAGUGGUCAACACAGCAAGUCAUAGGUCAACAGAAACACUGCUGGCUUCUCUGGGUUGGAGCUCAUCUGAAAUGGACUGAGCCAACAAUUCAGAAUGCAAAUAAUGGGUGUCAUGUUCUCCAGGCCAAAAAAGAAAAGGACCAUCCAGAUUGUUACCAGCAUAAAGUUCGAAAGCCAUCGUGUUUCAUGGUAUGAGGGGGUAUUAGUGGGUAAAACUGUGAAAGCACUACUGACUGAUAUCUGCACAUUUUGGAGUAACAGAUGCUGCCAUUUAGACGCCAUCUUUUUCAGGAACAUUCAUGGUUAUUUCAGCAUGACAACAAGCCACGUUCCACAUAUGUUACAAGAGCAGGGCUGCGUAAUCAGAGAAUGCGCGUGCCAGACUGGCAGGAAGUUUCAAAACUGGAUUAAUGGGUGUCUUCAGUUCCCUAACAGACAACGUAUUGAUGAAAGGAAAGACGACGUAACACAGCAGUAAACAUGCUUCUGUCCCAAUGUGUUGCAGGCACCAAGUUUGGAAUUAGAAAAUAUUUACAGCUUAAAUUGAAUUUAAUAAUUAUUAAUAAAUAAUUACUGCUUUUAAUUAACAUUUCCCAUGCUGUCAUCACUGUUUGGGAAUUCGCUCUUGGCGGAACAAAACCAUGUAUUUCAGUUGUCGUUUUUCAGUUUUUUAUAUAAUUUGAAAAUGUCUGUUGCCCUUUACAUUUUCUGUAAAUUUUGUCAUGAAUGAACCAAAAGAUACAACCCAAAAGGACUUGGAAAAAAGUCUAGUUCCAUUGACUUACAUUAGAAGUCAAGUACGUUUUUAACUUCUCUUGUAAACUUAUUUUGAAGACACGAAGGUUUGUUCCGACAACAGCAAAUUGAGGUUUGUAUUAUUAAGUGUGUAGAGGAAAGUUUAUAUGGUGAGUGCUUUUAUUUGGUAUAUUUGCCAGGUCUCACGCAAUACAGAAGGUAUAAGAGGGAAAAUAUUACAGAAAGAAGGGUAAAGAAAAAGACACUGAAUGUCAAAAGUGGGAAUGGCUACUGUAAUCCUUAAGAUUAAUUGUCGUGCCCCAAUGAAUAAGCUUGCACAUAUAGCCUUAGCCACUGAUCAUAUUUCAGUAUUUGUGUGCAUGAAAGUUUGUCUGUUUAGCUCCCACACAAGUCAUGCAUAUUAUAAAAGCAUUUAAAACAGCAAGGUCGUUCUGAAACAGAUCUCAGGUUUAUUGCAGAGGUUAACUGAACUGAAUCCACUUUCCUGAAAGCGCUGUGGUGCUAAAAUGGUCUGAGCUAUCAGAAAGAGCAAAUUGACUUUCAGUAGAAUGAGAAACUCACUCUUGUCAAAAUACCCCAAUUUAUAAUGUGUUGUUAUAUUAAAUGAUGCUUGUCUAGUUUGUUUUGUAAGAGAUCACAUUGUUAGGACAGGAAUGAUGUCAAUUUUGCCACAUCAAUUUAGUCCAACUCAGUAACAUAGCAUUUUAAACUGGAAACUCAACUUCAUAAAGAUCACUUUUGUUUUCAGUUUUUUUAGUGUUAAGUGGGCUUAUCAGCGCUAAAGCCUGUACAACCUAGCAACAGUUGCUACGAAGAAAUACACUUGUGUAGUUGCACUACCAUUCAAAAGUUUGGAUCAUUUGACAUGUUAUUUUUGUUAUCUUAUAUUCAGUAAUAACUUAUGCAAUGUAGAUCCAAGUAUUAGAGACUGGAAACCAAAAUGUAGUUUAUAUGCUGUAUUUAAUGUUUCAGUCAUUUUGGGAACAUUGAGAAGUUCACAAUAAAUGAUACACUGUAA